UCGCAUUAACUGGUACGGUACUUCCCGUGAAAAUCGGGAAGUCUUUUAACACCUUCUGAAAUCCUGUUCAUGUCUAUAAGGCGAGAUCACCAAUAAAAAUGGAGGCAUCGAGAUUGUGCAGAUGUAUGAAAACACUCCUAUGGGCCAAAUGCCCUGCAAAUAUUCCCUUUUCAUUGAAUAUUGUCAGAUGGAAUUCUAACAGAGCAGCUAUCGCCAAGACAAAUCGCAAGGUGUAUUCUCGCAUGUACCCAACUCUGGUGGUCAACACUGAUGGGUCAACAUUUCGCAUCAAAUAUGCUGAACCAAGGAAAAUUUUAAAGCUACCUGUGGAUGUGAACAUGUUACCAGCGGAUGAAAAGAAGAUUCGCCUUGCCAGAUACCAGCCCAAGAAAAAGGUGAAAAUUGAAGAUGAUCUCGAUGACAACUUUGAUGCCAGUAGAUACAAGCAUUUGUGGAAGAAAGACAAAGAAACCUUGAAUGGGGAUGAAUAUAUAAUGGACAACUUUUGUGUGAAUAUGGCCUAGCCUAGGCAUUUUGUUGCAUGCUAGACUAUUGCUUCAUUAAGGAUUUUUUUCCAGAUAAGGAUUGUCAAAUUGUCCGUGAAAUUUAGAAUUAUAGAGAGGAUCUCAGAUGACACUCUGGUCCCCGCAACAUAAGGCUCACCGAUCCAUCAUGGCGCUAACAAUUGAUCAUCACACACAAUAAUCAUUUCUCGAUCAUAGAAAUCAGGCCUACAAUUAAUUGUGAAGCUUAAUGCUGUCGGGUCCAGAUCAGUCUACUACUGGCUAAUAGAGAGGGACAUCACUGCUGUGUCAGGGUAAAACUCAGAGUACCUCUGAAAAUGGCCAAUUACCAUGAAAGAAACGUUGAUAUCGUCAUAAAGGAUACAUGUGCAUGGAAAAUAAAUAGCUUUAUUGAUGCAACAUCUGAGGAUGGACAAAGUUUGAGAUGACCUUUCUUCUUGCAUUUAUAAAUAUUAACGAUAAAUAUGCAAUUAUCAUUAA